CAACCUCCUUCUGCACAAAAAAUGGGCCAGAAGGUCUCGCAUGAGGACAACCAGGAAAACAAGGCUGAAACUCUAGUCAUCUGUGAAGUCUUCAGCCAAGGCGUGGUCCAUGCAUCUCAAAGGCUGAAGGACUAUCUUGGUUUUGUGGAUCCUCAGAGCAAAUUCCAGCCAGCCACAAACACGCUGAGUGAGAUCUUUUUGGUCAACUUCAUCAGCUUCUGCAUGGAAAAGGGAGUGGAAGAACACAUCAUGACCAGCAAAAUGACCAAACAACAGUCCUCUCUGUUCGGGGUGGACUGGAUCUGGACUCUGACUGGAGCAGACAAGCAAAUCAAACUCCAGAUUGCCGUGCAGGCUUUACAGCUGUCUGAGCUUCUCCGUAUGGAAGGUGGCCCCGUGGAGGCAGUGGAGGAUUGCUGCCGGGAAGCCACUCUGGCAGAUGAGCACUUCCAGAACAGGAGCAGGUCUGAGAAACUGGCAGAAUUCUGCCGCCUGGUGGGACAGGACUGUCUGGGCUUGUUUGUCAUGUUUGGUGUGCCAGGGAAGCCCAAGGAUAUCCGAGGAGUCAUGCUGGACAGCAUUGCCAAGGAAGAGCAAAAAUGCCGCCUGUCGGGCAGGAACGCGCUACGGCAAUUUGUCACCAGGACUGACAGCUUCCUGCCCGCAAAAGACAUGCUGGAAAACUGCCUUGGCACAAAAAAUGGACCGAAGGAGGUGGGCAAUGUGUACAUCAACUUUCUGUAA